GGGUUUCAAUUAAUUCCCUAGGUUUUAUUCCGACGACGCCUUCCACUCCGCUGCUUUUCACCUCUCCCGCACGCGACGCCGCCGUGAGUUUUAGCCGGAGAAGACGCCGCCGCUGCCGUGAGCUGUCUCGUGACAAACCUAGUAAAAAAAUUCAAAGUCUGGAACGCGGCUCAUGUCGUUCCCGUGCCGGAAAGCCCGGAACGUCCGUUCUGACGUACCACGCUUGUAGCGAUGCAGAGUAAAAAGAGGCGGCGAGUUAAUCCACCGACGAUCCACCCUCGGAAUCGGUACUCCGAGAAGCCACCAGACUUUGCGCUGCUUUCCUCCCUCUAUCCAUCGUUCCGCCCCUACGUCUUCCCUUCCUCCCGUCCUGGUGGUCGCCCUUCCAUCGACUGGACUGACUUUAAUGCUACUCGCGAGCUCACUCGGGUUCUGCUUUCUCAUGAUCAUAGCGUGAAUUGGUGGAUUCCUGAUGGUCAGCUUUGCCCUACUGUGCCAAAUCGAUCAAACUAUAUCCAUUGGAUUGAAGAUUUACUAUCCUCUGAACUUAUCCCCCCAUUGAAUUUCUCUGAUAAGAAAGUAACGGGUUUUGAUAUUGGUGCUGGUGCAAAUUGCAUAUAUCCUCUCCUUGGUGCAUCCCUGUUUGGUUGGAGUUUUGUUGGAUCAGAUGUGACUGAUGUGGCUUUAGAAUGGGCUGCUAAAAAUGUUGAGAGCAAUCCCCACCUAUCAGAACUGAUUGAGAUCAGAAAUGCCAAUAAUACUUUAUGUUCCAUUGAAGACGUUUCUAAAUCUGAAGAGAACAUUGAAGGAGGCAUGGAGCUUUCUGAUAGAGAAUCUUUGAAACUGAAGCAGAAUGUAGAAAGCCACCCUGAAGCUCAAGUGCUUUUAGGCGUGGUCAAGGUGGAUGAGAAAUUUGAUUUCUGCAUGUGCAAUCCUCCAUUUUUUGAGAGCAUUGACGAAGCAGGACUGAACCCAAAAACUUCAUGUGGUGGAACAAUGGCAGAGAUGGUUUAUCCUGGUGGAGAGCAAGCUUUUAUUAUGCGCAUCAUCAGUGAUAGUGUUGUGCUAAAGAACUCCUUCCGAUGGUUCACAUCAAUGGUUGGGAGAAAGGCAAAUUUGAAAGUAUUGAUCUCAAAGCUUCGAGAGAUUGGGGUCUCUAUAGUAAAGACUACUGAAUUUGUUCAAGGUCAAACUGCUAGAUGGGGUCUUGCAUGGUCAUUUGUAGCUCCAAAGAAAAAUUCCAUUAUAUUAAACACACCAAUAAAGAGCCAUCAUUCCUUUACACUCCAGGGUCUCCCACGUCAGCUUGGGGCAUUCCAGAUAUUGAAGGCUGUGGAGUCCUUUUACCUGGCCGGCGGCGCUGCUUGUAAAUUGGAUGUUUCAUCAUUUUCUGUCAAAGUUGAUUCCAUUUUGCCCCCAUCAGAUGCAUCAAAUGACCCAACAUCUUCAUGCAAUCUGUCAUUUCAUGUCUCGGUCUUUGAGCAAACUCCCGGAACACUACUAGUCAGGGGAUCACUUCUGCAAAAGAAUGAUCCACUUUCAGGAAUGUUUUCUUCUUUAUUUUUGCGGUUGGAGGAUUCUUUGAAAAAUGAUUUCGUCAACAAGUCUAGGCUGAAUUAGGAGUAACAGAAACCUUGGUGCUCUAUCUAUCGAUCUAUUUUAUGAUUUUGCGACAUAAAUUGAGCUUUGCUGUGUUGUUUAGAGCUCGUUUAGUGCUCAUACUCCCAUAUUUAAUCUUAUUGUGUUUAGUAAUUACACCAACUGAUUUUGAUAUAAUCUAGAUCAUUCUCAAGUAAAUGAUCAAAAAUAAAUCAAUCAAAUGAUGUGGUUUUGUAGGAAACGUUCGUCUGACUCGAUACUUGGUAUAAGAAAAAUUAAAAAUUAAUAGGCCUUUGGAACAAAUCAAAAUUCUCUAUGAUAUUUUUGAAAAAUUCAUUUUUUGGGGGGUUAAAAUUCUUGACAAAUUGUGCUAAU